AUGUCUCAGCCGUUCAAGGAGCUACUCUGGGUCACGAAUUCACAGAUUCAACUCAAAAAUGUGGCUGCAAACAAGAAGGAUCCUCCCACAGACUGUUGCGUAGAGUUUCACAAGAAAGGAAUUCAUAUGCUCACUGUGACCAGUCUGAACAAGGUCCUUGGACCGGCGAGUGCCAGGGCGAAAAUUGAGAGGGUCUGUGAGCGAGACGGCAUACCUACGCCGUGGAAGGCAGGAUGGGUAAGCCACUACAGCGACCCGUCCAAGGUCGAAAAGGACCCCGCAAGACGCAGGGCUCUGAAGGACGCCCAAGCAGACGACUUAGCCGGGGUCAGUAGUUCAAAUGCACAUUCCAGUGGAUCGAUCGGUGACAUUAGAGAUCAACAAAUUCAAGAUUUGGAGUCGAAGGUGCUCGAUCUGACUAAGACGGUAAGCAGCUUGAAUAAAACAGUGAGCGUACUGGCAGACAUGUUCAAGGAGUUUAUGAAACCUUCAGUAUCAGCUCCUGCACCAAAAUAA